CAUGUCCUCUACCACGAAAGGCAUCGUCCUCGUUACCGGCGUCACUGGGUUUGUCGGCACCGAAGUGGCGUUAGCUUUCCUCAAAGCUGGAUACACCGUCAAAGGGACCGUUCGAUCGCACACCAAAGCCGCAGAAUGGAUCGCCAUGUUCCCUCAGUACAAGGAUCAGUUCCAGUACGCUAUUGUCCAAGACAUAGCAGCUUCCGGUGCCUUCGACGAGGCUGUCAAGGGCUGCGACAUCAUUGCUCACACUGCCUCGCCCUACACGUACAAGAUCGAGGACAAUGAACGAGACAUGCUGAUCCCUGCUAUCAAUGGGACCAAGAACAUCUUGGAGGCGACGAAGCUCGAGCCCAAAAUCAAGCGCGUUGUGCUCACUUCCUCCUUCGCUGCGGUGUGUGAUGUCUUGGACCUACCCUCUCUCGGACGCACGUAUACCCCCGAGAGUUGGAACCCGGCGACAUACGAAGAGGCCAAAGUUGCUACUCACCCAGGUAUCGGUCUCGUGGUCGAUGAUAUGUCCGCCCUACUACCAGUAUCUCCUUCUGACGGAGUUCAUUCUAUGUUGAUCUCAGGCUUUAUCUAUUGUGCGUCGAAGGGUCUGGCUGAACGGGCCUUUUGGGACUACAUCAAGACCGAGAAACCGACAUGGUCCGGAAGUUCUCUUUGCCCUCCGAUGGUCUACGGCCCGCCGAGUCAGAAGAUCACCUCCCUUUCCUCCUUGAACACGUCAAUCGAGGAGAUCUAUCAAGCCAUCGACGGCACUUGGAAGAAGAACGGCAUCCCACCCACGGGUUUCCCAGUGUUCUGCGACGUCCGCGAUCUCGCGCUGGCUCAUGUUCGAGCCGUGGAGCUUGACGCGGCGAAGGGUCAGAGGUAUCUCUUUGUCGAAGGGCACUUCAAAUACGAACAAGUCGUGGGAAUUGCGGCUAAGUUCCAUCCCGAGCUGAGUGACAAGCUUCCAGAGGUAGACGUGGUCGCAGUGCGCUUGGACGAUCAUUUCAAGACGGACUCUUCGAAGACCGAGAAGGAUCUGGGUAUCGUAUUCCCUACAUUCGAGACCACCAUCAAAAACACGAUCGACAAGUUGUUGGAGUUGGAGAAGGCUUUAGGAAAGUGAUCUACGUUCGGCCCACCAUCCAAACAGAGUACUUUGUACGAUAUUCUUGUUCAUGUUGUCGCGUGCAGGCGCGAAGAAGUUGGAUUGAUAGAGACCGCAGAGGCAUAUGCGGCGAAAUGAUGGUCUUAUUUUUCUAUCUCGUUUUCGAAGUGGAUUAUCACAACGCCGAUGGCACUCUGCAGUACCCUGAG